UCUAUCAAAUGUGGCCAGCCCCGAGCCUGGGGACUCCGGGCUCCAGCCGCGGCCUGGUCGGGGUGCCCCUCUUCGUAGCCCGUGGAGGAGCUGUGGGUGCUGAGGGCCCCCCCGAGCUGCUCAGGGGGCACGGAAGCGGUGGCCGCUGUGGAAAGCAGGACCACUUGCCUUCUGGUUCUCUCUUCUUCCCCCUUAACGUUAGAAUAAGCAUAUUUGUGUUUCAGGGUGAAGGUCAGGUAAUUAAUUCACCUUGAAAAUGAAGCUGCUCUAAGUGCUAAGUGUUCUCUUCCUCAGCCUCGUCACCCGUGGCUUUAUAAUUUCCUCUGGACCUUCUCUCGUUUAAAUGAUACAGAUACAAAUGUAUUGGGAACAAUGUUAAACCAGGCAUUGUGUAAAAAUAGCAGAGUCCCUGAGAGGUCUGCAUCGUGAUUUCGGUUUGAGGAGCAUUGGGAAAUCACCACGGCAGAACGAGCAGGAGUAAGGGUGUGCCUGCUGCUGCUGGAGGUUGCUUUGGCUGGGAAGCAGAGCCUGAGGUUGGGCUGGAAUUUGCUGUGCAGCUCUGGGCCGGUGGCUGUGAUGUCUGGCGUUCCCGCACCAGAUAAGGCAGAGGCAGCGAGCACUUGAGCGAAAACGGAGCGUUGCAGGCACCAGAUCGGCUCGCGGACAAUGAGUGGAAAUGAGCACGACUGGCUGGCUCUCAAACCCCAGGAACCUUCCCCAUCCCAGUGCUGUGGCAGCGGCUGCAAACCCUGCAUCUAUGAUGUGUAUGAGAAGGAGCUUGCACAAUGGGAGAGGGCCAAAGCAAAGCAAGACAAAAGCCUCCUCAUGGAAAAGAAGGAGCAGAGCAAUAAUUCAGAACUGAAUCCAGAUACAUUUACUGCAUUCAACAUAAGCUCGGUGGAGCAGCUAACAGAGGACACCUACCAGUACAAAUUUGAAUUACCGGGAAAUAGCAGUCUGCGGUUGAGUUUAGGACAACAUAUCGUGUUAAGAGGAGUGGUGAAUGGUUUGGAGGUCCAGCGAGCCUAUACUCCGAUUAGCCGAGGGAAUGCAGAAGGCUACUUUGAAGUUUUAAUGAAAUGCUAUGAAGCUGGGCUAAUGUCGCAAUACAUAAAAACGUGGAAAAAAGGAGACAUGGUCUUUUGGCGUGGGCCAUUUGGAGGGUUCCCAUAUCAACCUAAUAAGCAUGGAGAACUCCUCAUGCUGGCGUCUGGUACCGGCCUUGCACCAAUGCUUCCCAUCCUCCAGUCCAUAACGGAUGAUGAAGAGGAUGAAACUUUUGUAACUCUUGUUGGCUGCUUCCGUACCUUUGACAAAAUUUAUCUUAAACCUCUUCUCCAGGAUCUGGCUCGAUACUGGAACGUCAGAAUAUUUUACGUCCUAAGCCAGGAAACUUCACUGGAAAAACUUCCUUGGAGCUAUCAGGAAAACACGUACACUGGUCGUCUCAAUGAAGACUUGAUGAAGACAGUAAUAAAUUCCUGUCGAAGAAGGCCAUUUGUAUUGAUCUGUGGCUCUUCUGCAUUCAAUGAAGAUAUGAGAAGAUACUUGAAAGCUGCAGGAAUCGAAGAAAAUUCCUGUUUUGUCUUUUAGCAGGAUAUUCCUGACCUAAGGAACUUUAGGACAGGCCUUGGACGUCCUUGUUUCUCUGCAGACGUUGCUCAAAUUCAGUCAUCUCAAUCAACUGAGUUCCUUGUGCAUGUACUUUCAUAGGCCUUUGGAUCAAAUAUUUGUCUCCAGUAUGAUUCUCACUCUUGAGUGUUUUAAGGAGCAGGUGCCAUUCCAGAGUGGCUGCUAUGUGGUGUGCCACCCACACCUCGCGGAACAGCGUGGUAAUUUUAAUGGAAGUCUUCAAGUGCAAUUUUAAGAGAGAGAUCAGCUAGGGGUACUAAAAAGCAUCCAAGUAUGCAGCUCUGCUGUCAUAUGAAGACCAGUGAUUUGCUUUGCAAUCCCUGUUAGUCUGCAGUGGUAUUGUGCCCUGUUGGGAGAGACUUAGUCCUUAGGGAGAAGACUGCCUGGCCAAGGGAGCAGCAGAGCACUGGCCCGGCACUCUGGAGUCCAUGGAGUUCACUUUGGUUGUGUCAUUAUCUUGCUGGGUGAUGCCAGGCAAGUCCCUUCAACCUCUCUGCGCCUCAGUUGCCCCGUUAUACACUAAUACAGAGAAGGCAGCGCUGAUCUUCUCCGAAAAGAGCCUUUCCAAUCAUAUACAGAAAAACUAUACAUAAGGAUGGAAUUAUACAUGAUGCCCAGUGAGGUCUUAGGCAGGCUGUCCUCCUGCCCUAGCACAGCCUGCAUUAUCUACCCUGGUCCUUAACCCUUGUAAUGCUGCCUGGGGAGAGAAAGAGCAUGUCCUAAAACUGAGAGAAGGCAUCCGGGUUGUAGCUGCUAUCUGUUGAGGAGGACGGUUGUUUGCUUUCCAUGUCCCCUAAGUGUUGUGUAAUAGCCGUGGUUCAUUAAAUUGAACCUCUUUUCAGAUAAACAGCUGCUGCUUUUUGUCAAAGGACUCUCUCAGGUGCCCAGGGGCAUGCCCUAAGCAUACAAGAACACCACCUGAGGGGUGAAAGCUUCACGGGGCUUUGCUGGGGUGCUCUCCCCUGGGGCAGGAGGCAGAGCCAAGGGCCUGCCCCGGGGGCUGGCAGCCCUGCAGCUGCGCUGGUACGGCACCCAGCCAGGGCACCCCAGCCCCUUCCUCCUCUUUCAGUCCAUGACGCUGCUGCCUUUCCGCUGAGAUAUCUGCUGUCCACUCUUUUACCUUCUUAGACCACUGUGUUUACUAACCACAGCUGGAAAUAGAGCCUUUCUGCACACCCUUGUGUUUUUCUGUUCAUUCCCAGUUCAUCCUGUGUUGGGGUUUCCCAGGCUGUGACAGAUGAUGUUGCAUUAUUAUUCAUGCCUUAUUUUUUACCUAUAUCAAAUAGUACACCUUACACAAAGGAGAUGCCGUUAAAGAGUUACUCAAAAUAAGCAGUGUGCACUAAAAUGGUGGCUCUGAUUCAUAUGUUGGGAGGAAGCGUAGGUUCCCCUCGCAUCACUGAGAUUUAUCUCCAGCUAACUAAAUGCCUGAAAUUAAUCUUGUGUAACUGCAGCUUUUAUGUUAACUUCCUCAGAGCAAAGGCUGACAAGAAAGCCAUCUUUGUAACCCAAAAUAGGGUUCUGGCUUUUAACGCAGAGAGAUCCAGGGAAGUUGUCCAUGGUAGGUCCAAGGCAAGCUCUCGACUCCCAUCCAAAUUCUGCUUCAGCUGCCAUAAGCUACUGUGUAGUGGAGGUGUUUCUGCACAGCAUGGGGCGGAUAAAAUAAGGAGUUGCUUUCACCGGUUGCUCUCCCUACUCGGGCCUUAGCUGGGAACACGGAGCAAAUAUUUUUCUCAAAUAUUACGUACUCUGAAAACCUUACUUACAUACCUCUUGCUUUAAAUAUUCUGCCUUUCUAAGAUUUUGCUAAAAAUCCACCCAACCUUUUUACAAAGGCCUGAAGUAAAACUUCACGCUCGCUUCGUAAAAGCGACGA